UUUUGUUAAUUAGGUUCACAAGUGGUUAAGACUCCAUCGACUCAGUCCACCCAGCAACCCAAAGUCGAUGUGAAUAUAACUCCCGUGGAUCAAUCUAAACCGACCAGAAUAUCUGAUAGAGAAUUUGUAUCCUUAUUUUCCAAAAGCGGCUCUACCACUAUAUUCAAUGCACAAUCGCAGGAUUCCUUUGUGAAACCUACAGCUUCUUAUACUGAUCAAAACGCUACCGCCUCUAACAAUAAUCAGUUCGCUGGAGUCAAUUUGAAUACAUCGGCAGGCAUGUCUUUCAUGAGAGGAAACGCAACAUCUGCGACAACAGCCUUUUCGACAGUAGCAGGUGCACCGGAGGUACCUAAACUUCGUUACACACCGUGUGUUAGACCUCCCGCGAAACCUACAGCACAUCGCGAACGUUUAUUAUGGUAUCUAUCGCCGACGCCUGAAAUCAUUGAAGACUUUAGAAUUGAGCAGAAAAUUGAAUUCCAACGACAAUGGUGUGCAUUCAAUGAUCGUACUUCUCGUCCUUAUUAUGACAAAUUAACAGAUAUCUUGUUAAAGAAUAUGCUUAUACCUCUAUCCAAAGCCAUUGAGAAUUACAAUGAGUGUCUCUCACCAAAGGGCUAUACAGUAGCCAACUGUCCUCUUAGCACUGUAGUCCUUUCAAUGAUGCUUCCAUCAAAUAUGGAUAUUGCUUUCACUUUACCUGAUGUUGAAAGUUUCAUCAGCUUGGACGGCUUUGGAGAUAUUGAAAGUAGACGAUAUGUAAUUGAACGCAUCAAAGAACUUGCAUCUAGUAAUAAAAUGGCUGCAUUCCGAUUUACACCCAAAGUAGCUGGGAUGCCUACUGAUUCAGCGAUUAUCUUACAUAUAUUCAAACAUUAUUUAAGCAUCAAAGAACCUUAUGCCAUUCCCCCGCUCAUACUCCCCGAAGGUGAUAUCUUCAAGUUCCUACUGAUCUACAUCAAAAUUACCCCUGAGUAACGUUUUUAUUAUGGAUACAAAUAUUGUUCAAAUGAGCAAGCGAUCAACUGACAUGUCUUUUGUUUUUUCAUUCUAUAACUCAGGUUGUCUCAUUGGAAGUUAUUCGAUCAAUGAAAUCUACGUAAAGCAUAUAUCGUUGUGUAAAUACAGUCAUGCCACCAAGCAAUUCCGCAGCCCUUUAGAAGUGAUAUCGCUGAUCACUUAAAAUCGAUAUCGUUAGUCAAUAAAAAUCAAUUUCGCAUUUUCAGAUAUGGGGGUCGUAUUUU